ACUGAAUGUCGCUCCGAGGUUAAAAAUAAAGCCAUGUGAGUGAUUUAAUCUUGACCUCGAAGCAGAUAGAUUGAGUCAACACUGCACUGUCGCUAUUUAGGCCAAUUCAGUUAUAGAAGAAUUAUUAAAACUCACACUUUUCUACAAGGCUUGAGAUAAUAAAAUAAAAGAAGUGUAUUGUUCAUUGCUGAGCCUCAAGGUUUUUUAUUCAUUUAUUUCUUCUUCUUCUUCUUCUUCUUCUUCUUCUUCUUCUUCUUCUUCUUCUUUUGUUUUAUUCCUCAAAGUCUCGAGGCUUUAUUUUCAUGAUAAUAACAAAUUAAUAAAUGAUCCAUUCUAGUUAAAGUUAAGAACUCAGAAACAGCAUUGUGUGGUCUGCUCGGCGAGGUAAAUUCACGACUUGCAGUUAUGGGCUACCAUUUAAUAUUACACGGAAUGUUGUUAACAAACUAAUAUCAAUAUUUUGCUCUUUAAUGGUUAUUUAUCUGGCUGAUGUUGUUGUUAUCUUUCGGUUGUUUGAGAGCUUUAGGUGCUUUUUCUUGCUUACGUCGAAAGACUGUAUAUAGGUCUUUCGGCAUGCUUGAUAAUAACUUACUUGGCCCUUUGUUUCUCAUUCGUGCUUAUAAUGAUCCAGGCAAAGAGCUAAUGCUACAUUUGAGACGUUUAUAGCACCAACAAACUAUACAGACAACAUGAACGUUUCAUCAGCAAACACAAACAGUUGUUCUCUUUCAAUGGCUCAUGGUAUUCCACUUAUCUUAGUCAACGCUAUCGUUUGCGUUUUGGGAUCACUUGGAAAUGUGCUGGUUUGUUUGGCCAUUGCUACAAACUCCCGCUUACGCCGAGCCUUCAACUAUCUUCUAUUCAGCUUAGCAAUCGCUGAUCUAAUUAUCACCUUCAUAUGCGAGCCAGUCGUUCUGGAAUACAUCACCUUCCUAACAUUCUUCCACGAGUGCAGAAGAAGCCCGAAGAGACGACUUGUGUACACCAUUUUUUCUGUUCUUUCAUGCCAAUCCUCAGUUUUACAUUUGGCGGCAAUCAGUCUUGAUCGUUUCGUUGCCGUUGCGUUUCCACUGCGUCACAAAAUCUUCAUGGAAAAAGGCGGACUUAAGAUUAUGCUCAUAGCAUCAUGGUCCAUUCCGAUUCUUACUUCCGUUUUACCCAAUAUCAUUUCGACAGGUUCCACUCCUGUCUUUUAUUUUAUCAAUAUUGGAAUCUUUGCUUUUAGCGGUUUAAUUAUUUUAUUUUUUCACUUUCUGAUUGUGCUAGUUCUGCUCUACUACAGUAAGAAAAAAAAGCAUAUAAGAGUUCGAGCAGUUUCAGUCCGGGUCACUUGCACACUGGCUAUCGCAACAGGCGUCUUCAUCGUUUGUUGGGCUCCAAUAAUUACGGUGCUUGCCGUUGACAAAUGGCGGAGAAGCCCUCUACACUUUUGGCUCCAAACUCUGGCUCUGUCAAACUCAGCCAUGAACUUUGUGAUUUACUCUGCUAGAAUGCGGGACUUCAAAGAUGCAUAUGUUGGUAUCUUACGCAAGAUGCUCUGCCUGUAG